AUGAUCAUCAGACCUGCGCCCGUAGACGAUGACAAUCGAGAUCGACACGCGGAGAAUCGCUCGGCGGCCAACGCCAAGCUUGUUCCCCUCACCGGUGACGACUUUGUGAACUGUUUGCACCUGACGGCCUCGUCGAGUUCUGUCGUGCUUAAGCGAGAACCCAAAGACUGCUGGGUCAACUACUACAACCGCCAUUUGCUUCUUGCCUGGGAUGGAAAUCUGGACAUCCAAUACAUCCUGAAUGCCUAUUCUUGCAUCGCAUACAUCUGCAGCUACAUCAGCAAAGCGGAACACGGUCUGAGCCAAUACCUGAAAUCGGUUAUUGAGAACUCCCGCAACGAAAAUGUCAACGAGAACGACGAAAUGAAACAAAUUAUGCAAGCGUACUCCAAGAAGAGAGAAGUGAGUGCUCAGGAGUGUGUGGCGCGCGCAUGCGGCCUGCAUAUGAAACAGUCCUCCCGCAUGGUGGUAUUUGUACAAACGAGUGAUGAUGCGCUGAAAAUGAGUUAUCCUCUCUCGCUGCUUGAGGGCAAAACCCAGGACUCGCACGAAGUGUGGAUGACUGGGCUGCCGGACAAAUAUAAAUGCAGACCUCAAACGGAGGAAUUUGAAGUAAUGUGCUUGGCUGAUUUCGCAUCAAGGUGCAGAAUUGUUUACGGUAAACAAGUCAAAGGUAAAAACGUUUUGCGCCUGCUGAACGAUAUGGGGUUUGUACAAAAAAGAACAGAAAAACCUGCGGUCAUCAAAUAUUGUAAAUUCUCAGAACAAAAGAAUCCAGAGGAAUAUCACCGCACCUUGCUCAAGCUAUACCUGCCUCAUCGUGCUGAUUGCCAGUUGGAAUCUGAACGCUUUCCCACCUCUCAGUUGUUCCACGAGCACGCCUGUGUACAGUUACCGUACGCCGACCAUGUGGAGCGCGUGUCUGAAAUCGUCAAGAGGAACAGAAAAACGUACGAGAGACACAGUGGAGACAUUGACGAUGCCAUCAGAGAGUUGGAGGAAAGUGGGCUCAAUGUAAACGAAUGGUGCCACCUGGCUCCCGAGAGUGAGCUGCAAAGACUCGAAUGCAUUGAGGAAAUCAACGCGAGAGACGACCCGACUGAGAACGCGGAGGAAAAUGUCCCCGACUAUAACGUGAGAUCGGCGACGAGAGAAACGGCUAUUGUGGCUGAACCUGCUGCCAUCAAUCCCACGGUGUUACGCGGUAUGUAUCGAAACCUGAACCGAAAACAAGCGUCCGUGUUCUACAAGGUCCGAGAUUGGUGCGUGAAACGUGUUUGUAGCUCAAAGCCGAUCGAGCAGUUUUUCUACUAUGUCAACGGUGGCGCCGGGACCGGCAAAUCGCAUCUGAUCAAAUGUAUCCACGCAGAGGCCACGAAAAUACUGCUCAGACUACCACGACUGGCUGAGGAAGCGGACAUUUGCAAACAGACGGUUGUUCUCGCAGCCUUCACCGGUACGGCGGCAUUUAACAUUUCAGGCCUGGGCAACAAACUGGACGAAGUCCGAGCGGAGCUUUCGAUCGCUGAAAUACUCAUUAUCGACGAGAUUUCCAUGGUGUCAAAAGACCUUUUUGCCUACGUGAAUACCAGAUUGAAACAAAUCAAAGGAAUCGAUUUACCUUUUGGCGGUAUGUCUGUGCUUGCUGUCGGAGAUUUCUUUCAGCUCCCUCCUGUGAGACAAUCCAAACCUUGGUGCGUGUACGAUCCUACUCGGCUGGACCACUGGCGUGACAACUUCAAAAAGAUCACGCUCACGGACAUCAUGAGGCAGAAAGAUGAUGCCGCCUUUGCCGAAGUGCUGAACAGACUCCGCGUCAAAGACAAGUCUCGCGAACUGUCGGAACCGGACGCAUCUCUGCUUGCUACGAGGUACGCUUCUCCAGUAACGUGUCCAAAGAAUAUUCUGCAUAUUUUUGCCACCAAUAAGCAGGUAGACGGCCAUAAUUCCGCGAUGCUGAAUCUGCUUCAUAAGGACGUUGUGCAAAUUGACGCGGAUGACUACAAGAAAGACAAAAAAACCGGCAGAAUGGCAAGGCAAGCGACCCCUGUCCAAGGACCUAAGAACGGGUUGCCCGCCUCGAUCAAAGUCGCCGUCGGCGCCCGCGUCAUGAUCACACGCAAUAUUGAUGUUCAAGCAGGUCUGUGCAACGGGACAUUUGCAAAAGUUGUGCAAUUGGUGAAUUACCCAAACGAAGCGCGUGUACAGAAACUUGGGCUGGAACUAGACUCUGUCGCUAAGACGAGAAGUGCUGCGAAUUCUGUGUUCAUUGACAGACAGGAGGAGAGGAUGCAGAAUUCCGGAGUGGUGCGCCGCCAGUUUCCCGUUAAGCUUGCUUUUGCUUGCACGAUCCAUAAGGUACAAGGCAUGACAACAUCAGAGGCCGCGGUUUCGCUGAAAGGCGUUUUCGAACACGGCAUGGGCUACGUAGCUCUGAGUAGAGUGACUUCGCUCAGCGGUCUUCAUAUUCUGCAUAUGGAUGAGAGAAGAAUUCAUGCAAAUCCGGAAAUCACUGCUGCUCUUGCCGAGAUGACAGAGGAUUCUUUGGACGGUGUGAUGCCCCUGUUUCACGUGAUGCCGAGGGUGGAUAAAGCAAAGGACCUGAUCGUCGUCCAUCAUAACACCGAAGGGCUGUCUUGUCACGUGCAGGAUAUCGCGUGUCACCACGAACUGCGUUUUGCUGAUGUUUUGUGCCUCACAGAAACGCACCUCCGAGGAUCUGCGGCUGCCUGCUUGGAAGGCUAUACCAUGUUUCACAGGAAUCGAAGUGAUUCUUAUACAACCUGUCCCGACUUGGCGACAAAACUCGGUGGCGGCGUAGGUAUUUGUGUCAAAAGUCACAUCGCGGCCCAGGAAAAGAAAUACGUACAGGGUGUGACCGAUAUUGAAUUUGUUGCGGUGAAACUCAAAGCUCCCAUCAAUUUGUUGAUUGCUGCCGUUUACAGGCCUCCGGGCCACAGUCUGCGCGCAUUUCUGCCAAGCUUGGAAAACCUGUUACGUUACCUUGAAGUCAUGGACCAUCAUCAGAUCUUGGUAUGUGGCGAUUUUAACGAAGAUGCGCUCUCCGCCUCGUACAAGCCCGUCCUUGAACUGUUUUGCUCAAAGGGUUCAUAACCACUGCUACCACUGACAAAAACACAUUGAUCGACCUAAUUUUUGUCUCUCGACCUCAGUGUGCUCUUUAUUCAGGUGUCCUGCAAACGUACUACAGCUAUCAUAAUCCUGUUUUCUGUGUUUUUGAAUACUGAAAGGUAAGUCAAAUCUAAAUUGUGUAUUUCAGCAUUUGGAAAAUUAACAAGGACGAAAAUCAGAUGGCGUAAGUGGCGGUGUGCGGUGGGCGAUUUGUUGAAUUGAGAUAUGGUAUCGGAGGCGUAGGUGGCUCAGAAAGGCAAAUGUAAUGUUGGCAUUAGGCAGAAACCUCGCAAUUGUAUAGAAAAAAAUACUAACGACCAAUGUGAAUAGUGAUGCACUUUAUAUUUUACGCUGAUAGUAUAAAUGACGAUUUAUAUAUUAUGCUGAUAUUUUAAGUGGCUGAACUCGUGUCUGUAGAUGUAAAUCAAGUUGAGUUAAGGGAAGGCGCUCAACCAGCUGGGAAGCUGCACCUUCUUGGGCCGCCCAUGCAUGUGGCAGUAUCGGCACCUGCUGGGCAAACGACUCUCUGAGGGCGAGAGGGUGGCGAGGGGAUGGCACGGCCGUUGACACCUAAAUAAGACUUGCGGAAAUAACUGCUAGUCUACUCGUCUGCGGGAUCGACGGGAGAGUCCAUCUCAUCGUCCGUCAAAGGGAAGGCAUUUAGAAUUUUAAAAAGCCCUCCCUUAACUCAACUUGAUUUAAAUUUGACACUUUUAAAAAUUUGAACUAUUUAAAUAUUUAACUUUCAAACUUUGUAACUUUUAAUAUGUUUAACUUUUGUAAAUGAACUCAUAGAUGAGCUAAGAGGCGACUUUUUAACUUUUUGCAUUUUAUUCAUUCUAACAUCAAAUUUUAAAGAUGACUUCAGGGAUGGACUUUUCAAGUUUUUAACUUUUAAAAUGUUAACAUUUUCUAAAUUAACUCCCAGACGAGUUAAGGGGUGACUUUUUAAACUUCAGGAAAGGCCUUUUAAACUUUAUUUUUUUAUCAUUAUUUUCAAUUCUUUUUAACGUCAUAAUCACGAGGCGAGAACAGAAAACAGACGAAGUAAGUUGCUCAUCAAUAAACAUGUUUUUUCCCUUUCUAAAAACACUAAAUGCUUCUGUUUCACUCUUCUGUAUUUUAAGAGUUUCUUUUAUCUGGCGAAAGCAGUUCAUCCCACAAUGGAGGCCAGAGACCUUGAGGAUGCAAAAACUUUCUGCGUGGACCAAUGACUCCCAAACCAGGGAGUUUUUCCGUGUGUCCUCUAACUCCACGUGCUCCCUUUGUCAAGACAGGAGUUUGGCCCCUGCGGUACUCAACCUUGAUGGGAUUUGGCCUGUCUUGCCAGGGAAAUGACACAGCACAGCGACAGCCAAGUCUUUCAAAAAGACUCGUACGAUGGAGGCCGGCAUCAUGGAACGCAAACUCCCAAACCAGCGUGGCAAUCGUGACUUCUGCUGAUUCUUCUACGGAACAAUCAAGGGCAGCUCUGGCAGCUCUUCGCUUUGACUCUGACAUCUACCUUUUUUAUUUUUAACAUGCUGUCUUUUAUGUGCCCUCUCUGCAUCCAUUGCAGCCUGGUGAUCCUGAAAGGGGGAUCCUCCCAUCUGUGGUCCCUUCUCAAGGUUUCUCAUUUUUCCCCUAGUGUUUUUUUUUUUAUGAGUUUUUCCUUGCCCUUUUGGGAGCUUAAGAUCAGGGGAUGCUUUGAGAAUAAUUGCCAAUUUGUCUUUGUGAAGCCCUUUGAGACUGCUUGUGAUUUAGGGCUAUGUAAAUAUAUUUUACUUGACUUGACUUCUAUGGAAAAUUGUCAGGAAGCCCUUUUUAGUUUUGCUGCUUUCCCUCACCUCCAUGUUUUUAUUGUAUCUUCUUGGGUAUUGCCUGGCCUUUGACUGUUGGAAACUUGCCCCUCUGGUUUUACUCUAUUAAGUCUCAAAUACGUACAGUUUGUUUUCUGUUGUCCUUUAUUUAUGUAUUUAUUUGUUUGAUUGCUUAUUUAUUGUUUAAUCAUACAUUUAUUUGGUUACUUUUUUGGCAAUGCUUUGAACUCUGAAGUUGUAAUCAUUUUGAUUUGCACAAUUGUUGGACUUUAUACAUUUCUUUGCCUCAAACCAUGUUUACAUUAUCUAUUGUAUAUGUAACUCAAGUCUGUCUAAUACCAUCUGCAAUCAUGCUACAGUUGAAUUAUUAAAUAAAAAAAAUAAAAAAACACUAGUGGUGUUUAUGCGGAGUAGAGAUGAACGCUAAUGUACUUUUUUAUUCAACAACUUUUUAUUUUUCCCCACUCGUCUCACAUAGGGGUACAAUCCCUCUUGCGCAACACAGCGCACCCCACUGACAACAUUACGCAAGACCUCCUCUAACGCACUAUAUAUAUGUAUUAUAGUUUCAACAUACGAUAAUGCCACACCACUGACUUUAACAUUAAUAAUAAAAAAACGCAUUCACAUGCUCAAACCUAACUUUUUCAAGUCAAAUACAGUACUUUUACCCCACUACUGUCUUUCGUUCAGCUGGAAAAAAUAAAUCAUUUUGUUGAACCCAAAAAUAGCCAACUUGGUUUGGUGUAUCGUGUUUUGCGAAAAUGUGAAUUUGAACAUAUUUAAAUCAAAUCCAGUGUAUCCAUUUUAUUAUUAUUUUUUUUUUCAUGUUCAUUGAAUCAGUAAAAAUUUGAUGUCUUGACGGUUUAUUGUGGUGUCUGGAAGAAAAAAAGAAGUGAAUUGACUGUGUUUCCUACUUCCGGAUUUUAUUCACAUUGCUGUGAUUGGUUGCAGCAAUGGGUCCUAAUUUAUUAGUCUUUGGUAUGACCUGGCUGGGUUUUGAACUCAUAACCUUCCGGUUCCAGGGUGGACAUUCUACCACUAGGCCACUGAGCUGGAGCUUUUGUGUUGUUUUUAGUCUAUAUAAACUUUUAG